AUGGCUUCAAGUUCGAGUUUAGUUCCAAUUAUGCUGCAAUAUGGAGAAGAGUGGUUAAGUGAUGUACAGUUUGAAAAGUUUACAAUCAAUGGAUUACUUUUGAAUUCGGAUUGCAGAGAAUCCUUAAUUGGAAAUUUGAUCGAAACAUCUCCGACUGCUAUUCAAGUUCAUCCGAUACCUAUUUCUGAUUAUAUAAUUGAAGAUGAAGAAAUGAAAGAACAGACUGAAUCGAUAAUUAAGGAUCCACUUUAUAGAGAUGUUGAACAAGGGCAAUUGUACUGGGAUAAAAAUACCAUAUCAAGUGUGAUGAAACAUUAUGCAAUCCAUGGGAGAUUCCAAUUUAAGGUGAAAAGAUCAUCAUUAUCAAGAUCUUCAAGUCAACAAAAUUCAGAAGUUUUCAUAGUGACCAAAUUUGUCGAUGAUCACACUUGUCCAAUUACGGACAGAAUGCUUUCACAAUGGCAUGCUACUUCUUUAACCAUCACAAAAUUGGUGAAGCACAAUUUUAUAAAUCUAAAGUCAACAUACAGUCCAGCAGAGAUCAUGGAAGAAAUGAGAAAUUUGUACGGAAUUAAGAUGAACUACAAAAAAGCAUAUAGAGCCAAAGAAAAAGCACUUGAACUGGUCAGAGGUUCCUUGCAUGAAUCUUAUGCUAAAUUGCCAGCUUACCUAUACAUGGUAAACACAAUAAAUCCUGGAUCAUUCACAAGACUACACAAAAUGGAGGACAAUCACUUUUUAUAUGUUUUUGUCAUGUUGAGCACAUUAAUUAGGGGCUGGAGAUAUUGUAUGCCUACCAUUGUUGUUGAUGGAACUUUUCUGAAAUCUGCAUACAAGGGAACAAUGUUUUCUGCUAGUGUGCUGGAUGCAGCAUCAUAUGCUGUUGUUGAUUCUAAAAAUGAUGCUUCAUGGGAAUGA